AGUCAUUACCCCCAGAGAGAGAGAGAGAGAGAGAGAGAGACAAAUUAAGAGACAGUGAAGAAGAUGAAGAUGAAGAGCAGCAUCAUAACACUAGUGGUAGCAGCACUGCUGGUCUGCAUCUCCGCCGGUAGACAUACCCCUGCAACGGACUUCGUCAAAAGUUCAUGCCGUUCCACGACAUACCCAGAGCUGUGCGUCGAGUGCUUGUCAGCCUACGCACCGGCGCUGCACCGGAACCCACGGCAGCUGGCUCAUGCAGCUCUUUCGGUCAGCGUGGACCGUGCGAGCGCCGCGUCAACCUUUGUGGCGCGGGUCUCAGCGUCACACGGCUCCGGACCAACACGGUCACGAGAAGCCGGUGCCAUCCGAGACUGCUUUGAAACCAUGUCGGACAGCCUUGACCAGCUGAGAAAGUCAAUGAAGGAGAUGGGGAAGAUGUCCAAGUCCAACAACAAGAGAGGGUUUGAGUGGCAUCUGAGCAACUUGCAGACUUGGGUGAGCGCUGCGUUGACCGACCAAAGCACUUGCAUGGAUGGCUUGGCUGAGGACGGUAUUAGAAGUAGCAGAGUGCGUGCUUCCAUUAGAAAGAAGGUGCUUGAUGUUGCCCAUGUCACUAGCAACGCACUUGCUCUCAUCAACAAGAUCAAGCCUGGAACCUAAUUAGUUAAACUAUAUAUACAUACAUAUAUAAAUAGAUAUGUAUAAUGGUUGAAGAGGAGGAAGUAUGUGUGAGGUUUACUUUUAUAUAUGUAUAUGUGCAUGAUAUCUUCAUAUCCUUAACUGGUAACUGGUGUAUGGUUUCUUUCUGUCUCUUAUAUAUGUAGCUAGUAUGAAAGAGAAGAAAGAAGAUCAGAUGUUUGCAUGCAUGUAAGUUUUGUAUAUUAUAAGGAAUGAUGUUUUUGAGCUGCUUCA